CGAGCGCAACACUGAAGUGAUGCACGAGUGCAUGUAAAAAAAAACUGCAAGUGAAAACUUCAAACUUGGCUGCUGCGCAUUGAAGAUUCCUUGUAGCUGUUUGCGAAUUUAUUGGAUUAUCAUUAUUUGGAAUUUGGAUAAGAUUCUGUAAAAUGGAUUUGAGGAUUAUUUUCCCAGUGUUGUCCAUGCUAUCUUCUGGAAUUUUUGAUUUCGUUACCGCGGCAUCUUUGAAUCACAUAACAGCAUCUGGCACAUCAGUCUCUGCGCGCCACACCAGAACCAAACGAUGCUCCUGCGCAAGUUUUAUGGAUAAAGAGUGCGUUUACUUCUGCCACCUGGACAUAAUUUGGGUCAACACACCAGAGCGAAUCGUGUCUUAUGGUCUUGGAAACGCUCCACGCAAGAAGCGCGCAGUCACAGAACCUGUUGUGUCCAAGUCACGCUGUAAAUGUGCUGAUUGCAAAGACAAAACAUGCACUUCAUUCUGUCAGCCAAACAACGUGUUACGGUACAAGACAGAAUCAGACAUGGCCAUCCCUGCCGCCCAGGGCCACCAUUGUGCCGGUCAGGAAUGCAAACACAACCUGGCAGACGUACAGAACCCCAUUAAACGGGUUCAGACUAGUGUUGCUCUCUCGAGGGUGAGAGCCACCAAGAAGAUCCAGCUUCUUCUGAAAAAAUGGGCGGUGAGGCAGCGGCACGGGGCAGCUCCUAGAGACCAACUUUUGCUUAUAAACUUUGCAGAUUCACUCUAGGAAAAAGGAUUUAUCUAGAGAAUCUCCUCCUCUCCACUCCUUUCAUCACGUCAUGUACAUUUUGUCAUCGUGAUGUGUUGGAAUACCUGCAAAUAUUCGUCCUGGAUGCAGGUGUUCGCAUGCGGUCUCCACCCCACGAGUGAGUCAGCACCGGGGCACAGAACUCAGUGGGAGUCACGGAGGAGAAAUGAAACCUUUAAGUGGAACUGUUGACUGAAACGUACCAAACCUCAAAGUGUCGAGAUCAGCGAUCGCGUGGAAUUAUCAAGCCAAGUAUCUACUGCAUCCUUCAAAUAGGACUCGAGGAACGUUUAAGACUUGAGCACAUCUAAAGACUGUGAGAAGAAGAAAAGUCUUGCACAUGUUAAAUACGCUGAAGUCCAAAGGAACAAACCCAGCUGUGGAAUCAGAGACUGAUGGACCCCACAUAUCCUGAAUAUAUAACACCCCAUCAGAUGUGUUAAGAACAUACUGGAAAAUAAACUAGUAAACACUACAAGUCUUAAAUAUUAGUGAAAGAAAAGUUCUGGUGUAAAAUUAGAUCUUGUUCUUUUCACCAAUUCACUUUAUACAACAAGGAAGCUCUGAAAUUGUACCAAUUGUUAAAUAUUUAUCUUUAAAUAAGCCAUAUUGGCUUUUGUCAAUGCUAUUUCUGUGAAAUUAUAAUAUUUAAUUGCCAUUAUUGUGGUAAACAUUA